CUGAGAGUCAGAGUCAGUCGCAGUCGCUGAUGUUUCAGAUCACGUGAUUCACAUGAAGACGUCAGCCAGAUAACAAACACACAACCUGCUGUGCACACACGCACGCGUACGCAGACACACACACACACACACACACACACACACAAUCAUGUACAUAAACACACUUACACUCAUUGUUAACAGGUGUGUGCGUGCAUGACAACAUGUCUGACUUGUGGACAUUCACCUCGUCCUCUCCUCCUCCCAUCAUCCAUCACUCCACUCUGUCCCAGUCACCUCCUCCCCUGUCCUCCCCCUCGUCAUUCAGGAACCAUGGAAACCCUCCUCAUGUCAAGAACCAACUCUCCAGCCAAACCUCCGACCCAUGUUUAGAUAAUCCGGACUGGAACAAAUCUGAACACCCCUCCGGACUUCCCUGCCCUGUCAACAGCUACAGUUACUCCUACCAGAACCAGACCCCACCACACCCAGAUCUCCGUCUCCCGAACCAGCUCAGUACUGGUGUGACUCACCUCAGGGAUGAAUUGGAGGAGAUAAGCAGACUGCCUUAUAACACUCACAUACUCCUUGACAGCGGCGUGUAUGGACAGGGUGACGCACCUGGUCCAGGUCAGGACACAUGGGGGCCUCUGGAGCCAACGCCGUCCCAGAUGCAGUGCUCUCCACUGGGUCCCAUGUCUGGAGGAAUUGCCCUGGGAAGGUGGAGCUCAACAUCUACUGAAGACUUCACCAACACACAGUUUUUCCCUGACAAUUACCAUGACAGUAAUGCCCCACAAUCCUUUUGUAGUCCCACUACCCCUGGUCCAAGUCCUCAUUACCCACAAACCCCAACCAUCUCCAGCCCCGUUCCUCAAAUGCAUCCCAGGAAAGAGAGAUUGGGUUGUCACACACAAACAUCCACACAGCUGAGCAGAGAGCAAACCCUCAGCUGCUGUCUACGUGAGUCUGACAGCUACCCUCUGAGCUCCGAACCCAGUCAGCUGUACCUACAUCAGACCAGCCGACAACUCCUCCCGAGCCAAACUGAGCCGAUCCAGGACCAGAUGGGCCUCUUCAACGCUGACAGCGGCCUAGAGACCGGUUUCUCUCCAUGGGGAGGAGGCCAGAAUGCCAGCGGUGCUGUCCAGUCUCCAAGCCUUCGUGCUGGGCUGAUCUGGAGACAGGAUUGUGGAGGAGGAGGAAGAAGUACGGGACGAGGAGGAGGUCAACCAGACUGGACCUGGAUGAAAAUGCCUCAACCUAAAAACAGCACUAAGGCUCUGGACUGCAGGCUGCUGUGUACAGUGUGCAAGCGUGACUUUAGGAGUCUGCCAGCGUUGAACGGUCACAUGCGCUCGCACAGCGGUUUCAGAUCAGCUGCGUGGCUGAAAAAGAGUGAGGCCUCUUCUUCACACGUCCAACCCUCGGUCUCCAUGGUGAUGCCCGUCUCCGUGCCGGUCCAGUCCAAAGGCGUGUCCAAGGCGUGUAGGGGUGGCCAGAAGAGAUGCGGUCACCUCUCUCCAGCCACCGGAGGCGCUGUGCUCUACCGCAGCCUGAUGCACCUGGGAGAAGAGGAAGAGGUCCCUGGGGACAACGCAGCAGCUGCCGGUGGCGCUGAUGAGAACGAUGAAGCAGUUGUCAGUGGUGAUGGAGGCGUUGAUGGUGGCAGAGGUCACUUCACCCCUCCGCCCAUGCUGUGUCCCCUCAGGGCGGGGCCAGGGCUGUACUGCUCCCUCACCACCGGGAGGCAGCAGAAAGUACAAACUGUACAGCUUCACAACACACAGAAUGGACUCAGUGACAUUGUUGCCAUGGAAACAUUAUCAACAGGAAUCAAUAAGCCGAGGAUCAAUGUAGGGUGGGACUACCAGGCUGAAAUCCCGCCCCUACGCAGCCACACGUACAACCACUCGGACGCCCAGAAUGCACUGCUGCUGUGGACGCCUCUGGACGAGCUGGAGAAACCUGUCAAUAAACAGAGAGUCGAGGCUCUGUUGACGAUGGCUCAGUCCAGUGUGGUGCCCGGGGGCAGGGUCAGCCCAGAGUACGCCCUCCAUGUCCUAUCAGAGUGCAGAGGAGACUUCCUGCUGACUGUGGAGAAGCUCCUUUCGACUCCUGCAACAUCCAACAACAACCACACAGGUGUCAGUUGGAGUGCAGCAGAGACGAGGUUGUUGGUUAAAUCCCUGCAGCUCCAUCAUAAAGACUUCAGCACUGUCCAGAGAGCUGUUCAGACCAAGUCCCUCUCCCAGUGUGUGGAGUUUUAUUAUCUGUGGAAGAAGAAACUGAGUCUGAGAGCGAGGACCCUGGCUGGGCUGAACGUCACUCUGCCCAACAAAAAUGUCCUCCUGCCCGAAAACAAGGAGGUCAGAGGAGGAAAAGACACCCAAGGGAACAGACGAGGAGUAUCGAGGGAUGGGAGCCCAGGAGAAGGAGGAGGAGGCAGCUCCUCCAGCAGGGAAGAAACAGAAGACUUCCAAAGAAGUUUAUUUCUCCGUCCUGCCGGACAAAUAUGAACCUUUGAUCGAAGAGGUAGAGGAGGAGAGAGAGGAGACUCCGGAGGAGAGGAGGAAGAGGAAGGAGGAGAAGAAGAGGAAGAAGAAGAAGAAGUACAAAAAGUACAGAAAGGUAAGAACAGGUGAGGAGUCACAGAAAACGGCUGUGAUCAAGUGUCUGGAUAGAAACAUUUUGUUGUGGUUUGGUGCUUCAGUCAAAGCUAAACACUGUGAUAAUGUUACUGCAACAUUAUCUGUUAAUCAGUGUUACCUGAUGAUUAUAUCUCAUUCAUCGAUAAAUUACUGAAUAAAAAAAAUUGUUUUAAAUAUAUUAUACCAGUUUAC